AUGACGAACCUGAAGAUGAAGAUAGUGAUUCGGAAGCAGGAUCUGAAUUUGAAGAUGGCUUUACUGAUUCCGACAGUGACGAAUGCGAUUCAGAUUCUGACGAUGAUACGGGAGAUGAACACGAAUCUUCUGGUGAUGUGUUACAAUCGCUUACCCGCUAUGCGAAUGUACUGGUCCAAGAAACCAGCUUUGGAGAACCUGCUAAUCAAGCAAACCAUGACCAGAGAUCGAUUCAAGCUGCUGUAUUCCAAGCUGUACUUCAACACUCCACAAAAACCACCAAACGCUGGAAAGCUGUAUUAUCUGGAGAAAGUGAUUCCCAUGUUCAACACAUCCUUUCAGCGGGUUCGUUCGAAUUCAACCUUCCAGAGUAUCGAUGAGAUGAUGACGAAAUGCAAGGGUAGAGUUGGAUUUAAGCAGUAUAAUCCGAUGAAACCAAUCAAAAGGGGUAUCAAACAGUGGGACCGUGCGGAUUCUGUGACUGGUUACGUCUACGACAUGCAGGUUUACUUUGGCAAAGGCGAACAAAAAGACCCUGACCGAACGCUGGGCGAAUCAGUUGUGCUGAAGUCACUGUCGUCAAUUCCAAAAAGGGAGCUCAAGAACGUUUCGGUCUGCUUCGAUCGAUUUUUCAACCGUGAACUUGUUCAAGGAGUUGAAAUGCUGUGCCACCGGCACGAUUCAACGAAAUCGAAAAAACCUACCCACGAUGGACGCUAA